AUGGCACAAUUGGACCGUGAGCAAGAGCGCCAUACUUUCUCCAACCACUCAUCACCAACCCGAGAAACAGAACUGCCUUUGGUCCUAGAUGAAGACCAGAUCGACGACGACAUGGACGACGAUGAAGAUCUUGCAGCCGACCUGGUUCGGUACCGGGUCCAAGCUGCCAGAACUUUAUUCCAUCAGCCGCGCUCAGAAAGCGAUACACUGCAAGUACUCAACAUCUAG